AUGUACAGAUCAGGUCAUUUUUAUGAGAGAGUAUGCUUAUCUCGUUACUUACCAAUACCAACGAUUCGUAUAGAACUUGCUAUUAAGACCAUUUCAUCCACCGAAUUAUUCUUUUGCUACGGCAUUAAAAGAAAGACUUUUUCACCGCACUACUAUCUCAGCUACAAAUACCACAUGGUAGUAGUGUCAAGGGCCAUAUCACCAGGAAUUGAAACGAUUAACAAAGCAAGUACUUAUCAAAAGAUUACUCUGAUUGAAGUAGUGGACACGUGGUGCUUGAAUAAAGAUUUAGCUAUUGUUGUAGGAUGGUGGAGUGGUGGGAUGAGCAAUUAUUGCUGUAGGAUGGUGGGAUGA